AUGUUGUCUAUUAGGCAACAGAUAGACAAAAUCAAUCACGACAUGAUGAAUGCUCUAACACAACAAAUUGAGACUAUUUUUACUCCCAUGAUAAAUAAUACUAAUCAAAUUCAUGAGAUGUUGGCUGGUCAAAUGGAUAGAAUAGCAGAUUUCUUUGGUACCCCACCAGUUCCACCUAGACCCACUCCACAGGCGUCAAAUAUAAGGCUGGUAGAAACACCGGGAAAUGGGGCUAGGCCAGAAAACCAGCGACAAGUCCCAGAUCGGGACGAAGAGGAGCGUAUCGACCAGAACAUUCUAAGAAUGGUGCAGCAUCACCAAAAUGUAGACCAAGUUCUUAGAAACGUCCAGCAGAACCCAUUAAUUGGCCAUGAUAAUAUCUCAAAUGUAGUAGAGCAAAUCUUAGUUCAAAAUGGUCUCAACAUAGGACUCCUUAGGCCUAAUUUCCUGUCCCCAAUAUCGGAAUAUGUUAGGAAAACUAAGUUACCUAGAGGUUGGAAAGUCCUAAAUUUCACUAAAUUCGCUGGCAAGACCGGUGAAUCGACAAUUGAGCAUGUGGCUAGAUUUCAAAGUAAAGCGGGGGAUUUAUCCAAUAACGAAAACUUAAAAAGUGAAAUAUUUCCCAAGUUCUUUAACAAAGAAUGCUUUUACUUGGUUUACCACCUUGCCUCCACAAUCCCUGCAUUCCUGGAUCCAAUUGGAAAGACUAUUCCAUGA